AUGAGCAACAAGGGGACCAAGGGCAAGAGGCAGAGGCAGAUCAGUGCUGAGGGGAGCCAAGCUUUUGACAAGGGCUGCAAGCUCUGUUCAGAAGUCAAAGGUUGCCUCAAGUGCUUACCCAAGUGGUUCAUUCUGCUGGAGAGGAAUGACAUCCGCCAGGUGGGCGUCUGCUUGUGGUCCUGCCUGCCUGGAUACUUUGAUGCCGGAAGCCCUGACAUGAACAAAUGUAUCAAACGCAAGAUGGAGCACUGUGAGGCCUGCUUUAGCCACAACUUCUGCACCAAGUGUCAAGGGGGCUUGUACUUGAACAAGGACCGCUGCUAUCCAGCCUGUCCCCAGGGCUACGUGGCAGCCAACAGCACUGUGGAGUGCAAUGGAAGGGGCAAGAAGAGAAGGAAGGGGGGCCAAGGCUGGAGAGAGAAAGUCAAGAGGCAUCCAGCUAGGAAGAACAGCAAGGAACCAGGCUCCAACUCUCGGAGACACAAAGGGUAG